CUUUCUGAACAGACAUAAAAGGAGCGAAAACACUGUCAUUUCAUUCUGUUCCUACACAUGAUGGAUCUGCGCAUCUCUGUUGUUGUUCUUGUCAUUUUUCUCACUGGAGGAUACUCUCUCAAGUGUUACAAAUGUGAGCCUGAUGCGAAGGGUGUCUGUGAAACCAAAGAGGAGACAUGUGGAUCUGGAUUUACAGAAUGUGCAAUCUACACGACAGAAGUAACCAUUGAUUCCACUAAGAAAACUGUCCAAGCUAAAGGGUGUGAUAAAAAAUGUACACCUGGGACCGCUGAAGGGAUAGUAACCCACUGCUGUAAGACUGAUCUCUGCAAUGCAGCAGGUCAAACUGGAGAAACUAAAAAAGCCAGAUAAUGCAGCAGACGGUGUGUAUAAUGGAAGCUUCCUCCUGCUGUUGUCUUCUCUGCUCUCCUACUUCCUGAUUCAGUGAAUCCUGCUGCACUUCAGAUUCUACAGCUGCAGGUGUUUCUACUCUUAAAUAAAUGAAUAAAACUUGUCAGUCACGAAAAUGUGUUUUCAAUUGUUCUAUCAAGUUUAACUAAUCAAAGUAUUGAAAUCCUUAAAUGCAAACCGUGUGUUUUGCCUCGAGCAACCGUACAUUUGUUGUGUUUUGCUUUCUUUUAUAUAUUCUUAAUUUAUUCUUCAUUCAUUUAUAAUCAUUAAUCUUUUUAUUAUUCCAUUUAAUCAUAUAGCCAUUUAUAUAUUCAAUGUAAUGAUUCAUUAAUUGAUUUGUCAUUUAUAUCAUAUUAUAGUUGUUGUUUUUAUUAUAUAUUUUUUCCAUUGCUGUUUAGUCUUAUGACUGUGUGCUUUCAAGGGCUGUUUGUGUUUGUGAGUAACAGAUACAAGGGCACGUGUUUUGCUGCCUUCCUGUGACUUCUUUGUGGAUUUUAUUAAAGACUUUUGGAUUUUA